AUGACAAGAGAAUCACUCCCAAGGUUUUCAAAGAGGGAGAUGAUGUGCUCCUUACAACUCAAGGCUCAAGCUAUUCCCUGGGAAGCUGAAGUGUCGCUGGUCAGGACCAUUCAAGGUCAAGGAAGUGUUGCCUUAUGGAGCCAUCACCCUAGUGAACAACAAUGGAGCCGAGUUCACGGAUGGAGCAAGAGAGAGCUGAGAGUAAGUAGAGGAGUUGGAAAUGGGCAGUUUUAUCAGGGACAUUGCUUGUCCCAGUGCAAAGACAACUGCCCAAUCAACUCCUUUGACUCUAAUCUCAGCUUAACCGGGUACAAUGGCAAAAACGAAGUUCACAAUAAGCCAGUUCAAAGCGAGGAUGUGGAGAGGGCAAGAGAAGAAAAGCGUGAGGGGAAGAAGAAGAUGGAGUAUAGUGGAAAGAGGAAGAAAGGGGCAGUUAAGGAAUCAGCUCCGAAGUGGCCAGAGACUGCUGGGCAAGAAUGGACGACUCAUGAUCCCAGACCUUAUGGGGUCCAGGAACGCAUCCGUAUCUUAAGGAGAAUGCAGUUCAUGUCGAUGCGUUACCCACAUCCGGAAACCAUCAAGGAACUGGGAAUAGAGGAGGAUGUAAAUGAUAUCCUCUACUACACCGAGCUCGGAGAGUUCACGAAGCUAGCCCUUCCGGCGUACAGAGAACCGGCGAUGAGUUCCUCGCGUCCUUGA